GCUUCUUUGAGUUUGAGCGGGGAAAUACUGAAACGGACGGAGAGGCGCUAGUUAAGGAUCAUCUGUUUGUAAACAAACGUGACGGGUUUGUGCUGGAAAUUAUUACCAACAACGUACUUCAACGUUUCAUUUGGAGAGAAGAAAAUGUCGAAACGAAAGCAGUUCCUGGACUCUGUCCAUCACGAGCACAUAGUGGAUUUUCUGAACUUCAUCAGGUUACAUAAGGAUGGAGCUGAUCCAUUUGACAUUGCAGAGGUUUUGUCAGAGCUUCAGAAGAGUCAGAGGCAGGAUCUAUGGGAGCAGUUGCUGAAAUUACUGCAACACACCCUCACUGCUCACCCUCCAGAGCGCUGGAUCACUGGGGCGGAGGAAGAUGCUGCGGACAUGGAGGUGGAGGUUUCAGAAGAUCAGACACAGACCAUGGCAGUAAUAGAGGGAGUCACCAUUGUCUCAACAGUGUCUGUAGAUGUUUUGCAGGAAAAUGACACUUAUGCCUCUCUUCUUGACUGUGCCCUGGUGCUAAACUGUUUAGAGAGUGCUUUGCCACUAUCACAAACACCUCUUCAGCAGGCUAUUCAUUGGCUAUUUGAAUGCUGGUGGAGGCGGGGUCUAAAAGGGAAAGAAGAACUUGGUUGGACUGCUUUCCUUGUCUGCUUGGAGAACACUGUUACACUUGAGAAACCGGUCAAUGAACUUAGACGACUGUGCACUCUGCGAGAGGUGCUUCUCAGUGUGGACUUUGGGUCUGAAAAAGGUCAGCAGGUCAUUGAUCCUCUGCUUCAGUGCUUCUUCAGAGUCUCACACAUCAAACAAGAAGAGGGGAAACGGUUCCUUGCUUUCCUUUUCUCCUGGAAUGAAAACUUCAUUAGGAUGAUUCAUGAAACUAUUAAAAAUCAACUGCAGUUCUUCCCAAAAACUCUGUCUGUUCAUGUGGCUGAGAUUUACUUCAGAGCGUGGAGAAAGGCAUCAGGCCCUUUCCUGGAGGAAAUUGAGUCCACCUGCAUCCAGGACUUAAUGCAACAUGCUCUGUUACUGCACAGAAACUCCCCUGUGCAUGGCAAAGUUAGACAGAUCCUUACUUAUUUCCACAAGCAGAAGUUUCGAGAGGGAGUUGAUGAGGUGCUGCACAGACUCUACAAGCCAAUUCUGUGGAAAGCUCUAAAGGCCACUAAUGCUGAGGUUCGUGCCAAUGCCACACUGCUCUUUACUGAGGCUUUCCCUAUCCAUGAUCCUAGCAUGAGCAGUGAGAUGGUGGACCAGGCUGUUCAAAAACAACUGGACUUGCUGUUUGCUCUUCUUGAUGAUCCUCAGCCCCUUGUGCGCUCCUCUGCAGUGCUGGGUGUGUGUUCUGUCCUAGCUCGUUGCUGGGAGGUCAUCCCCUCCACAGUCAUCACUGACCUACUGGAGAAGCUCAUCUUGCAGCUGGCUAAUGACACAAGCUCUCCAGAUGUCCGCUGCUCUGUCUUCAUGUGCAUGUCUAUAAUUCUAGAUAACAGUUUAAGCCAUCCACUCAUGGAAAAACUGUUACCUGCACUGAAGAGUAGCCUCCAUGACACCUCUGAAAAGGUGCGCGUUGCUUUCGUGAGCAUGCUUCUCAAGAUCAAAGGCGUUCGGGCAGCCAAGUUUUGGAAAGUUUGUUCCCUGGAGCACCUGCUGGCUCGUCUUGAGUUGGACUCGCCUCCUGUUUGCAAGAGAAUUGUUGAUCUUCUCUUCAACUCAUUCUUUCCAGUCAAUCAAUCAGAGACAGUCUGGUGUGAGCGAUGUGUCACCUUGAUUCAGACAAAUCCUGGAGCAGCUCGCAAGUUUUACCGCUACGCGUACCUCUACACAGCUCCUGCUAAUAUUGUUAAGCUGAUGCUGGUAAUCCGAAAGUGUCUGAACGUGUGCAUUCAAAAUGCAGGAGAUGAUGAAUUUGCAUCUAGCAAUAAAGAAAACAGCACGAUGUUGGAGGAUGUUCUAUCCGUUAAGGACACUGCCUCAAUGGCCUGCUUGUUGGAGAUAUUGGUCAUUCUGUGGAAAAGUGUUCAGAAAUCUCUACAGGCUAACCAGGAGGCCUUCAAGUAUACCACUUCAAAGUUUGCCUCUGUGCUACCUCAGUAUCUUAAGGUCUUUCAGGAGGAACGGUGUAAAGCCCCUCUCAUUCUUCUAGCCUCCCUGCUUCCUGCCUCUGCUGUUACAGCUCUGAGGAGUAAAGUGAUGUCUCACUUGAGGAAUCUAAAAGCGGGCUCUGCUGUGACAGCCUUCAGUCAGUCAGUGGAGUGUCUCUGUAGCUGGGGGCAGAUCAGCCAUAUUGUGGAACUGAUAGAGAACUGGCUCACAGAGGCUGCACCUGUGAGAGGGCAGGGUGAUGAAAAUACAACUGGCAAAGUGCAUUUUGAUGGGCUCGAGGAUUCAAAGCCAGAUCUAGGCCUGGACUAUCUGGAUUACCUGUUGUUGCAUCCUAAAACACGAGACUGUCUGCUCAUGCUGCCACUAGAUCAGAUCAGACAGCUCCAUGAUGCCCUCAACAAAUGGAAGUUGCUGCUGUUCUCCUCUCUGAGUGGUGGUGAAGACAAAGUGGCAGUCACUGAGACAGCACUGAGAGCUUUUAUCUUCCAUGGCCGACUCAGUAUCCACCUUCAACACAAAUACCCAGAGGAGCGGGAGUUUCUGAAAUCCCUGGAACACUCAGUGUCCUGGGUGGAGAAGAGAAUUUUCCCUUUCCUGGCCAGCUCCAGCAAUGAGCAGCAGUUGUCUUUAAGCAAGAGAACGGUAGAAACCUGUUUAACAGUAUGCAAGAAUGUGCUGCGAGUUUCUGUAGGAGAUGAUGAUUUCAGAGACCACUUACUGCAACAUGUCGCCUCUGUACUGCAGUCUGAGAAGGGAUACAUGUGCAUCCCUCUUCUGCUUGCUCUGCUUACUGAGGUGGCACAGGGCUGCCUUUCCCAUAAGGCAGAGGGACAGGAUGAACAGCUGUCCCUCACUGUCCGUAUUUUGACCAACAUCUUCCAGAAAGUUGUUGAGAUCAUGGCACAUCGACUACGGAAAGACAAGGAAGAGGGUCAGGAGCUGUGUUGCUCUUCUGAGGAAGCUCUCCAUGACUUUCUUCUGCUGGCUAAAAUUACAACUGAGAGAUCAGAAUUCAUUGCAGGAGUCUUCUCAUCUCUCUGUGCAGCAGUUAUUAUUGAUAUCAGCCGCACCCUGCAGAAGAUCUCUCAUGUGGAAGAAGUUAUGACAUCAGAAACGUUUAAUGACCUUCCACCUCUCUCAAACACAAUCCUGAAAGUUAUACUCAGAUCACCAGCAGUUACCAGGUUUUUUAUGUCUGAAAUGAGCUCCUCUAUAGACUCUGAGGCCCUCGAUAGCAUCACACAGUGGGCUGCAGUUACACACAUUCUGACCAUCAUCAAACAAUCUGACACAUUUAAUGUGGAGUUGAAGGCAAUUGCUGUGUCCAUACGCAGACAAAUACAGAGUCAUUACAACAUCACUGCAGAAAACUCCGAAAAUAUACAGAGGGCCAUCUAUGAAUCCGCUGUAAGGAUGCUGAAUGAUAUCCUAACUCCAUGCCAACAAUCAAAUGGUUAAAUGGCCAGCUAAUUAUAUUUUAGUGCUUUUAUAUACUCAUAAAAUCUGUUUGCUUUUUUAUUUUUUGGUUUUCACAGCUAUGUAUUCUUAUUCCUAUGUUUCUCUUUAGUUUCACCCUUUUUACAAAUUACUUCUGUAUGCAAUAUACAAGCAAACCUUUUGCAAAGAAAACUUUCAGAAAAUGAUAUCUUAGUUUCCUUGUAUCACUGUCCAUCACUCAUGAUACUCAUGUUUGUACAGUUUCAAAUGCAACAGUGGAUUUCUUAUGUUCCUGAUUGGUAAUUGUCUCACCAGUUUUCUCAAAGGCUAUUAUUUUCAAUAAUGUGACUAUAUAAUAACAUGUGCUAAGGUAAUACUUCUAUGCAAAGACAUGCAACUUAAGCUUCUUCAUUAUUUUAGCAAUGUGUCCUGUUAUUGCUCCAUUUAUGUAACAAUUAUUCCUUUUAUGAUUUGUACCCAGUUUUUGAUUGCUGGCAUAACCCCAGGAGAUUUGGGCCAAUGUAUGUCCUAUUAAAUCCCCUCCUUUGUUUUAA